AUGAGUGAUGAGCCACCUCAAACAGAGCAGUCUUCUUCUUCUUUGAGUGAGCUACACGAGAAAUCGGAGGCUCAUGCGGAAGAGAAUAAUCAUACAAUAAUAACAACUACAACAAUUGGAUAUCAAGCUUCGGCCUCCUCUGGAGAGGCUGUUUCUGUACAGAUCAAUGAAGAUGCCAACAACAACCAUUCGGGAAAACUUGCAUCAACGACGAUUAAAGAACAUAUCCGAAGCAAAAAGGAUUUCUUGAGUGAGAUGUUUUCCAACAAAAUUCCGUCAUUCAGGAAAAAGAAUAGUGUGCAACAUUUUGAAAAUAACAACAUGAACUCAUCAGCAGAAGAAUCAACAACAUUGAUCAGCAAAAAUUGUGGAGUAACCAUAGGUUAUAUUGCACCAUUACCAAAAUGUGAUUGGGGUACUGUUGAUGCUCCGAAAUGUUUGGGCGAAAUGUAUGAUGAUAUCAUUCGAUAUUUUUUCAUGUUCAUGACUCCGAAAGAAUUGAUUAUUAUUGGUGGAGUGAGUAGAAGGUUCCGAGAUUUGUCUAGUAGCGAUGAAAUAUGGUCACCAAUAUAUCAGGCCUAUACAUUUAGCAGCGUCGAAAAAGAUACCACCAUUACACAACAGUUUAGACACGAAUUUUUAAGGAAGCUUAAAGAAAAUUCGACCAUCCAAUUUCUAAGGGAGGAGUCCAAAGAAAAUGUGCCAGUUAUUGAACAAGUGCAAACAUGCUUUCAAUGUGGAUAUGGAUUCCUGGCACCUCAAAUUUUCUUCACUUGUUUUGCAAUAUUCAGCAUUCUUGUUCCUUUGUUAAUGGAUGGAUUUAUCGAUAUUUCACAAGUUGGAUUUUGCAGUCUUCCUUUUUUUUUCGCUCUUGGCACUUAUUUAUUCAUUAGUAUCUCGCUUCUUAUUGAUCCAUAUUCACUUGAAAAGAAACGAAACAAAUAUUUGGAAUAUCUUCAAGUUGGAGCAUUAGAUGCUGGUUACUCGAACAAGAAAUGGACAUUUUCGGAUUCUGAGCCACAGGAAGAAUCUGAUUUUGAUGAUGGUUGGAAAGAGAGUAUUAAUUUGUCAGUUUGGCAUUUAUGGAUUUGGCUCUUGUUCAUUUUGGGCUAUUUAUCAAAGUAUAUUUGGUUUGCUGCUGUGUAUUCUCCGUUUUCUUUGUUGUUCAUUCCUUGUCAUGUUUACACAAUUUUCUAUUGCAUUGGUCCAUUAAUAUUUUACAAACACAGCCGAUCCAACAAAACGAUAAGCAGCGACUCACGAUUAACCAGUUAUUGCUCCUAUGUCACUAACAGCUUGUUGGUGAUAAUCUCAUCAGUACAAAUAUUGUUGAUUGGUUUGAAAUUGGAUGGUGUUAUAACUACGUAUUGGAACCUCGUUUUACUACCAGCUUGGAUUUUUUUGCUUUUUGUAAAUUGUAUGUGCUGUUGGUAUGCGGCAUGUGCAGGAAUAAGCGAUGGAAAGGAAGGUGGCUGUGUGGGAUUGUAUGGCAUUACUGCUCAUGUUUUAUUUGCUCUUUUUUACCAAGUAUGGUUCAUUAUCAUUGCACUGAGAUUGGAUUUGAUCAUAACAUCAAUAUGGACUCCAUUGUUUGUCCCCAUGUGGCUCUUUUUGAGCUUUUCAUGUUGCACGCACUGUUUAUGUAGCUCUGUGUGCAUUUCUGUUAGGCAUCUUCACGUGGUUGGGCUUUCAACUUCGUAG